AUGCAGCAAGCGCAGGCUUCUCUCCCCGACUUCAUGGCGGUAUUAUGGCUCGAUCUGGUAGAGGACUACGGCGUCAUGCUGGCAUCGCGGCCGUACCUGGUACACCUGAUCCAACAUCAGGCCGAUCUCCCCACUUCCGACCAACUUGCCAUGGAGCAUAUGCAACGGCUUUCCACGUCUUGUCUCUCUGCCUGUCACAGGACGAUUGCGCUCCUCUCCGCGGCGUGGGCGCAGGCAGGGGAGGCUCGCGCCCCGCACGUCCUGUUCUGUGCGGCGGUACUGCUUAUGAGCAACGAAGUCUUGCCUGCCCCGCCAAAGGAGGAGAGUGCCGCUCGCCUUCCACAGGCCACCUUCAUCCUUCAGAAUGUUGCCUUUAUGGAGGGUGAAGUGGACGGCUACGCUGGUGAUCUCCUUGGUGAGGUCAACAUGCCCCGCGAUGCCAUACGAGCUCGCCCUGGUGGUGGUGCGACAGAUGUCCGUGUAGUACCAUCCAACGGGAAUCUAGAACUGCAGCCAACACUGGUGGGAGCACGGAGCAGCUGGACGAAUAGCAGGGCCGGCGACGGCGAUGGCGCCGGGCUUUGGCCACAGAAGCCCCGGCCGACAGUUCGGUACACAUCCCGCAAAUGCCAUGUGGAGGAGCAGCACAUGGCAAUGGCUACCACGGUGGAUUCGUUGGAUGAAACAACGCAAGACACAAAGGAAUGA